AUGACCCCCCAAAACACCCCUAAUCCUCCAGCUGUUUUAUCGUUCCACACCAAGCCAACCACAACCAUCACCAUCACCAUGACGCCCUCCCUCCAGUCCAUCCCAACAGCCACCCAGCUGCAAGCAAUAUGGAACAAGCACGCCGCGCCAGCCCACAACGCAUCGACAACGCACCCCGUCUUCUUCACCGAAAGACUGCGGAAGCCUUCCGUCGGCUCAGCGAUUCCGGUGCCAGGUGCGGGAUCCAGUCCCGUGGCGCAUGGCUAUGUGUAUCAAGAGGCGCGGAGUGCAAAUGCGCCCAAGUUGUGA